CCUCGCGAUGAGAUAACGGGAGUAAAUUUCUCAAUCUCCAAUCUUUAUUCACUGUUUAUAUGAAGCAAACCAUUCAGCACAACUGAACUUAAUUUUUCAUUUGCACACGUAAUAUGGAUUAUUCAAAAUUUUUGUCAAAAGUCGUCAAUACGCGGGGUCCCAAUCUAAUUCGACAAUUGACUCUAGCGCUCAAUAAAAAUCCGAGUGCAAUAUUUUUUGCCGGUGGCAUGCCGAACACUCAAACUUUUCCAUUUAAAGAAGUUAAUGUUUCCUGUAAAGAUGGCACAUCUGUGAAAUUGAAAGGACGUGAUGUUGACGUGGCAUUUCAAUAUGGACCCACAAAGGGAUACCUACCACUGGUAGAAAAAUGGCGAAAUUUUCAAGAACAGUGGCACGCACCAAAAUUUAAUGAUUGGGAUGUUCAUUUCACUGCUGGCUCUCAAGAAGGAUGUAGUAAAAUUUUUGAAUUAUUUAUUAAUAGCGGAGAUUCUGUAAUGGUACAAACACCAACUUACACAGCUACUUUGAGAGCGAUCAUUCCACUGCAGCCGGAAUUCAUAGAAAUUCAUCAGGAUGCAGAGGGAGUGAAACCUGAGGAAAUUGAAAAAAUUUGUAAAGAGAAACUUGAAGCCAAAAAGCCUUUGCCAAAAUUCCUUUACGUUAAUCCAACUGGUGCCAAUCCAACGGGAACAGUUUUGUCUGAUAAAAGAAAAGAAAAAAUCUACGAAUUGGCACAAAAAUACGAUUUUCUCAUUUUAGAAGAUGAUCCAUAUUAUUUUCUUCAUUUCUUGGACAAGCAACCACUUUCAUUUUUAUCAAUGGAUACAGACGGUCGUGUCGUUAGAUUUGAUUCAUUUAGCAAAAUUUUGAGCGCUGGUCUUCGAUUGGGAGUUGUAACAGCCCACAAGGAUAUCCUUGAAAAAAUGUCCUUACAUAUCCAAUGCACAAGUCUUCAUCCCUCUUCAUUGUCACAGGUUUUGGUUUACAAGCUCUUUGAAUCUUGGGAUCAAGAGAAAUUUGAAAAUCACUUUAAAGAUAUUCAAGUUUUUUAUCGUGAACGACGCGACAUGAUGCUAUCUGCCAUUGAAAAACAUCUUACUGGUUUGGCUGAAUGGACUACACCAACCGCUGGUAUGUUUGUUUGGGUAAAAAUAACAGUUUUAGAUGAUGUUUAUGAAAUGGUUAUGAAACAUUGCAUAGAUCAAGGAAUUUACGUUCUUCCUGGACAUACUUUUAAUGCUGAUGCUAGCAUAAAAUGUCAAAAUAUUCGAUUAUGUUACAGUUACGCUACUAAAGAUGAAAUCGAAAAGGGACUUACUCUUUUAGCGAAAAUCAUUAAAGAAGAAUCAGCCAAAAAGGAAAAAUUCAUCAACUCAGUUGGAAAAAAAUAAUAAUUUUGUAAAAAUAUUAAUAAAAACAAUUGUUUUUUAA